AUGGCUGGACAAAAGAUUUGGCUGCGCGCUGAGACCAAGCCCGCUGAGGCGCGGUCUGCCUUGACCCCAACUACCUGCAAGGCAUUGAUUGAUGCUGGAUAUGAUGUGACUGUUGAGCGGUCAACCCAGCGCAUCUUUGAUGAUGAGGAAUUCUCCAAGCAGGGCGGCUGGGAGAAGGUCCUUAGCCGUUGGCCUCGCGGCAAGGGCACAUUGCUCGACCUGGAGUUCUUGACCGAUGAUUCCGGACGCCGAGUUGCUGCCUUUGGAUGGUCCGCCGGUUACGCAGGAUCUGCUUUGGCUGUGAAGAACUGGGCUUGGCAAUUGACGCACCCCAACGAGACCUUGCCUGGUGAAGUUCCCUAUGCCAACCAAGACCGUCUGGUUGAGUCUGUUAAGGAGUCGCUCGAGGCCGGCAAGAAGGUCGCUGGCAAGGCACCUAAGAUCCUUGUCAUUGGAGCUCUCGGACGCUGUGGCAGCGGUGCUGUGCAGCUGGCCAAGGAUGUCGGUAUCCCCGAGGCCAACAUCAUUCAGUGGGACAUGGCAGAGACUGCACGAGGUGGUCCUUUCAAGGAAAUCUCACAUGAAGCGGAUAUCUUCGUGAACUGCAUCUACCUCUCGGCUAAGAUUCCACCCUUCGUGAACGUGGAGUCUCUCUCUGCCCCUAACCGAACCCUGUCUGUUAUCUGCGACGUCAGCGCCGACACCUCCAACCCUUUGAACCCCAUUCCUUUGUACGACAUUACGACCACUUUUGAUAAGCCGACAGUCCCCGUUUCUGGGCUGGAGGCUGGAGGCCCGCCUCUCAGCGUGAUCAGCAUUGAUCACCUCCCCCUUCUUACGCUUAAUGACCGGGCCAACGCUCGGGUCUGGAAGCAGGCUGAGCAGCUCUUCGAUGAGAAGGUUGCUACCCUGCCUAAGUCGCUUCAGGCCUAA